GAAAAAACGAUUUAUUCGUACACUGUAUUUUAAAAAGUACACUAGUAUAAUACAUUACUAAAAAAACAUAUAUUUUUUUACAUUUUAUUUACAAUAUCGCUGAUGUUAAAUUCUUUUAUAUGUUUUUGUUUUACGAACGUAGAAAUUAAAGAAUUCAUUGAUUUAGUAAUCACUACAAUGUUGAAGUUUCUGUGUACAGUAGCUUUAUUUCUAGUAACGGUUAAAGCCAACGAUGAAAAGUCUAUUCCAUACGGGUUUUUUGGGUCAAAAACUCCAUACAAUUUAGUUGCAGCACCGGAGAUUGAAAAACCAAAGGGUUUUACGCCACGUCAAAUCUUUAUGUUGGGGAGGCAUGGAACUAGAGGUCCAAGGUUCAGCUUUUCCAACGAUAAGAUGCCAAAACUGGUAAAAUAUCAAAACAAAUUUACCGAACGUGCUACGUUAAAUCCAAAAGAUAUCAAAGCCAUAAAUAAUUGGGUGACGAUCAUUGACACCACUGGCGAUAAAAGUAUAACACAAAAAGGGCACGAUGAAAUAAAAGAUCUGGCAAUAAGAAUUCGUGAAGCUUUUUCAAAUCUAUUUCAACGGCAGUACAACUCCGACAAUUAUGAGAUUUUAUCUGCGCCGGAUUCACGGUGUGAACUUUCGGGUCAAACAUUUAUAGAAAACAUUUUUAAAGAUGAAACUAUCCCAAAAAUUCCUGUAUGUGACCCUACGGAUAUCCUUCUACAAGUUGAAGGUCUGAAGAAGCUCGAUACGAGAUGCAAAGAGAUACGGGUAAAAACAGAUAGUUUAAUAAAAGAAUUUAGGACAGGCAAAUACAUGGAUGGUGUCGUGCAAAGGGUUGCGGAUAAAAUGGGCAUAGAUUCCACAGAACUCGACUAUGAGAUCAUAAACAUCAUGUACGAGGUGGCUACCUUCGAAUUGACUAUUGGUGACAGUGCGAUAUCACCUUGGUAUAAAAUAUUUUGCCAAGAUGAUCUUGAAGUUUUCGAGUACGCCGAUGACAUUUUUCGAUUCUAUUUUAAUGGUUAUGGUGAUCCUUUUAACAAAAAGCUCGCUUGUCCGAUGGCCAUACGUCUCGAAGAAAGACUUAGAAAUAAAAUCAAUGGAGAAGGACCGGAUGCUGUAUUUUACCAUGGACACAGUACUAACAUAUUGAGUUUGUAUGUCAUGUUAGGCAUAGGUGACGGUGACAUUCCAUUUAAGCAGUCCAACUACAAGGGUAUGAAGGACUUAAAGUGGAGAACUUCGUUGUUCGGUCCAUGGGCUGCUAAUGUUAUGGUUGUGCUUUACGAGGGCGCUGAAAAUGAUUACAGAGUAUCAUUUUAUUUAAACGAAAAACUAACUUCUAUAACGCUAAGAGACGGUUCGUUUUGUACUGUAUGUGCGUGGUCGGAUAUUGAAGACAAGUUAACAGCUUAUAUAACCGACAAUGACUGUGUCGAUUUGGUAGCUACUAAUACCGUAAGAAACUAUAAAGAUACAAAACCAUACGUGUAUUUUGGCACAAAAACCGCAUACAAAUUUGUUUCCGCAAAAGAAAUCUUUGUACCGCCUAGCCUACGAGACUAUAAACCAAUUCAGAUAUUUACGUUAAGCAGACAUGCUACGACAUCUACAACAAAGUAUUUUUACGAUAACCAGUUACCCAAGCUUUAUGAUUUAAAAGGAAAAAUCACCAAAAAAGCUAAAAUGACCCAAAUAGAUAUUCAAGCUAUUAUGAAUUGGCAACCAAGUAUUGAAUUCAAGCCAAACGAUAAAGAAUUGAUCCCAAAGGGUCGUGUUGAAAUAAAGGAAUUGGCACUGAGAGUUCGGGAAGCAUUUCCAGAUUUAUUCGAACAGUCAAAUAACUAUGCGGCAUUGACAAUGGAAGAUGAACGUUGUAGGGAAUCUGGAACAAUAUUUCUACAAACGGUUUACGAUGAUACAACCAUUACUGACGUUCCUAAAUGUAAUAACGAUGACUUCUUUUUAACGAUUAAGAAUAUCAUACCAGCGAAGCCUCUUGCUGAAGGAGUUGAGUAUGAAAGUCAAAAAUUCAAAAAGGGCGAUUCUAUGAAAAAGGUUGUUGAAAGAGUAAAUGUUAAAAUGGGAUCAGAUGAUAUUACUUUACGUGAAGUAUUGAUGAUGUAUGAAGUAUGUCGCUACGAAAUAGCAUUUGAUGACGGAUCGAUCCCCCCUUGGUGUAGUGUAUUCUGUCAAGAAGACUUAGAAAUUAUAGAAUAUUUUGAUGAACUGUAUUGGGACUCUCGCUUUGGAUACGGAAACCCGCAUAACCUAAAAGUCGCAUGUCCAAUGGCUUUAAGACUUCUGCAGACCUUGGAAGAAAAAAUUAACAGAAAAGAAGGACCCAGUGGUGUAUUUCACUAUGCACACAGGAGUAACAUGGUGAACUUGUACCUUAUAUUUGGUGUGGGCAAAGACGACAGUCCACUCACGGCAUCGAACUUCAUUGAAAUGAAAAAUCGCAAAUGGAUAGCUUCUAAAUUAUGUCCAUGGGCUGCAAACUUUAUGGCUGUGCUUUUCAAAAACGCUAACGAUGAUUAUAAAGUAGCGUUUUAUUUCAACGAACAUAUUACAAGCAUACCUUUAGAAGACGGUUCGUCUUGUACAGUAUGUCCGUGGCUAGAUAUUCAAAAGAAGUUACAAGCAUACAUAAGAGACAAUGACUGUGUUCAUUUUAUAGCUGAAAAUUUGGCCGCAUACACUGAAAAACAAAAAGAGACCGUUUUGCUUUGAUCAGUUGCCGUUCAAUAUUAUAUUCGCAUAGUCUUAGGUUAUUGCAAUGGUGUAUUAUAAACAAUAUUGUUUGAUUUAAGUUCUUCAGUAAAAGUUAUUAUUU